AUGUGGACGAAUCACGAAAACUUCAACUACCAUUCCAUGGAGCUAGAACGUAUGAAACUGGAAGAUCCCGACGGAACUACCCUUUCUAUGCCCAUCACUCCGCCAUCCCCUAUUUCAAUCACGUCUCAUCACUCAUCCCCUUACUCUUCUCACUCUUCGACCGGCAUACACUCAAAUCGAAUCAGCAUUAUGGUGGACCGUUCUUCGCCAAGAGCCAGCUCUAGAGACAGCGAAGAAGAUCAGCCUACUGACCCACCAUCUACCGACCCACCAUACUCCCAACUGAUCUACCAAGCCCUCAGAGAGAGCAAGGGCCAUCGACUUCAACUCCAAGACAUCUACACCUGGUUCGAAAAAAACACCAAUAAGGGCAAAGAUGAAAGCAAAGGAUGGCAAAAUAGUAUCCGGCAUAAUCUCUCCAUGAACGCAGGAUUUGAAGCUAUCAGAACGGACGUCCCCGGCGGCAAGAAGGCCGUGAACUAUUGGAGCCUAACCACCCAAGCCAUCUCAAAGGGCCGGGUAGAAUCCACAACACGGUACCGACGACCGAACCCCAAAAAGAGUUUAAACUCGGAUAAUGCCGCUCCCUUGCCAACGAGCCAACGGGGCAGUGCGAAAGCCCAAAAAAGCUGGGUAGAGUCCCGCCAAGCUAAGCGCCAAAAGCAACAUCCGACUCCUCAAUCGCCGUCUCAGCAACUUGGGUACGCUUUUGGUGUGGAACCAGGACCGUCUUGCCAGAUACCUCCUGUAUCUACUGGUUCCCAGCAGAUCUACCCUUAUGCCUUUGAUUACGACAAAGUGAUUGCCUGUACGCCUUUACAGGAAAACAGCCCGAUGUUCUGCGAUAGCGUGGAUCCUGCGCCAAGCUGGGGACCAGGACCAGUCAGAAUGGAGAACUAUGAGUGGUAUCCUGGCCCCAAUAAUGGGACUUUCGCCGGGUCCGAGGACCAAGUGACUACAGAUACGCAUGGACAUGUCAAAGAAGAACGGUGGGGAUGA